CGUAGCUGGUCUCGGGGGCGCUGUCGCGGACAUUUGUAGAUGACGCUGUCCUCGAGGGGCCAUUCGCUCCCUCCUCUGUGGCACCACCAGCGCCGGCACCGCGGCGUCGCGUCAGGCCUGACGACAUGCUCGUGCAAUCGAUGUUGGGAUAGAAGAUGCAGUCGGAUAUGCAAGUGCUGGUGCUGUUGUUGCGUGUGUUCGGUGGUUUGGACGGGGGAGGACGAGAUGGGAUGCCGUCUCUAGUCUUCGGACCAGGGUUUGGCAAGCACGAAGCAAAACAAGAUACGAUGCAGAUGCGAUGCAGAUACGUAACCUGGUCUUGGUCGAGGGUUGAAGUCGGUCAAUUCCGCUUCGUUUCGUAUCCUUUUUUCCCUGCGUUGCGUUGCGUUGCGUUGCGUUUAGCUCAGGUACGUACUUUUAUUUUCCCCGUCCCGCAGGCUACAGUUUAGCUCCUCACCAGGACAGGACAAAGAGCGUCAGGAAUGAUUGUGUUUUUC